AUGGCGGUGGCUGAAAACGGCGUCGCAUCGGGUGGAAACCACUACGACUCGACUGAUCUCGACCGAUCAAACGACAAUCACAUCAACAACAACGAGAAGACUGAGAAAUGCAGUUUGAAGUCGCAGUCUUUGCCCAAAAACGACGCCGUUGUUGUUUCGGAAGAGAAAGAGGAUGAUUAUAAUAGUAACAAUAAUAAUAAUAAUAAUAAUCUGGAAAAUAAUCAUUCUGGUUUGACAAAUUCUGGAAGUAGCGAGAAUAGCGGUGUUACUGAUGAUGAUGAUUUUGAUGAUGAUCAUCAAAACAUCAAAUUUGAUGAUAAUAAUAAUAAUGAUAAUGAUAAAAAUGAAAAUGGAAAGAAUUUUGAUGAGAAGGAAGAAGAAGGGUUUAAGAAGGAAAUUAGGGAUUUACAGGAGAUGUUGUCGAAGCUAAACCCUAUGGCUAAGGAAUUUGUGCCUCCUUCUUUGGUUAAUUAUGUGAAUAUUAAUAAUAAUAUGUUUAGUAAUAACAAUGGCAAUUUCGGUUAUGUUAAUAAUUUUCUAAUUGCGCCGCUGAGUCCGGUUGCCGGCAAUGUCAAUGGAUUCUCUGGUAGAAGGAGGAGGAAUGGGUAUGGUAAUGGGAAAAGGAGGAUGAAUACCCGUACUAGUAUGGCUCAGAGGGAAGAUGUAAUCCGGCGAACCUUGUAUGUUUCGGACAUUGAUCAGCAGGUCACUGAAGAGCAACUUGCAGCGCUUUUUAUCAAUUGUGGACCGGUUGUUGAUUGUCGUAUUUGUGGUGAUCCGAAUUCUGUACUUCGCUUUGCUUUUGUGGAAUUUAUGGAUGAAGAGGGUGCUAAUGCUGCUUUAAGCCUGUCGGGUACAAUGCUUGGGUACUAUCCUGUCAGGGUGCUGCCUUCUAAGACUGCCAUUGCUCCUGUUAAUCCUACUUUCUUGCCCAAGUCUGAAGGUGAGAGAGAAAUGUGUGCACGAACUGUUUAUUGUACCAACAUUGAUAAGAAGGUUACACAAUCUGAAGUCAAACUGUUCUUUGAAUCAUUUUGUGGAGAGGUACAACGCCUGAGGCUGUUGGGAGACUAUCAUCACUCAACUCGCAUUGCUUUUGUGGAGUUUGCUAUGGCUGAAAGUGCAAUUUCGGCUCUCAACUGCAGUGGUGCAGUGCUGGGAUCACUGCCUAUCAGGGUGAGCCCAUCAAAGACUCCUGUUCGCCCUCGUCCUCCUCGCUCUCCAUUGCACUGAAUGGUCACUGGUUUCUCCAAGCCAAGUCACUGCUCAUCUUUAUCUCCACAUAUAUAUACAUAAAUAUAUAUAGAUACACAGAAUAGUAUGAAGGUACUUGUGGCGUCGUUAGUUUUGUCCUUUCGUAUCUUUGGCCCAGUAUCCUGCUUUUACUUAUAGGGAGGUAUUUUAUGUUCUUUUCAAGGCUUUGUUCAAUUUGAACAUGUAGUGAGUUUGGAGGCAAGUUCCGAGGCUCUUCUUUCCUGAGUUAAUUUAUGUUGCACAGCAUAGUAUGACUGAAAACUAUGCUGGAGAUUUGUCUGCUUAAGACUAAUAUCUUUGCAGAUGUUCUCUGACUUUCUUUCUUAAGCCCACAACAAAUUUAUGGGUUCAUUUCUUUGGUUUUUUUUUUUUCAAGAUGGUCCGACUUGUUCAGCUCUUCUUAUUUUGAAUAUUGUCUGAGUUUGGUCUAUGUUUGUGGGCACAUUAUUUUUUAUUCACUGCCCAUAUAUAUGCUGCUGGGAAUCUGGCAUGCUGCUUGUCUAAAGGUUAAGCACGGAUCGGAUAUUCAAUCCGAAAUAUUAUCCUAUAUCUGAAAUUUAAAAUUUCU